AUCGAUGGCCUUCACAAGCUCUUUCUCAAAACAGCCCAACCCAUGUUUUCCCUCACCCUUCCAAACCCAAGAACUCGUAGGAUUUAAUCCUUCACGAUAUUUUCCAACCCCAAAUUUGAGAUUCUCAACUACCCAUCAACACUCCUCGACAAGAACAAGCUCCAAGAAACAUCACAACGGCAGCGUUCUUCUUCAACAAACCCAAGUCAAAUCGAGAUUCUUCAAGACCCAGCAUGAAUUGAGGUAGAAGGAAGGUGACGUGAGCCACGACAGCAUCCCACUUCUAAGUUCUCUCAUUCCGUUCUAUAAUUCUCCACCUUCCCAAACAGUAUUUCCAUUUUUGAUCUCAAUGAUCAUUGCUCAAUGAAUAUGAAAAUAAUUAAGAAUCCAUUCAUCAAUGCAACACCGCCAACCUUUAAAUCUUUUCAAGAAUAAAGGGAGGGCUGAGGAGAUUCAAAUCUCAAAUGAUUACGUUUUGAUACAUAUCAGAAAAGCAAAAUUCCCCAUAUUUGACUCAUCAGUCGGGUGUGUGAAGGCACAAGAAUUAACGUGGCGGCGACUUCGGGGUUUGAAGAGCAAAGAGACAAGUAUUAUGGAGGACUUGUGGAGUAUAUUCUGUGGGGAGUCUGGUUGUGCAGAAACUGGUGGAAAGCUGUGUAGUUCUAAUUUUGAGUUUUGGAGUCAUCCCUCGUCAUGUAUUAAUCACAUAUUAAUCAUUUGCUUUGAUAUCUUGCUUUUGGUCGUGCUCAUAUUCAAUAUGAUUCAGAAGUCCUCAUCGAAAACAGUUCACAUUCAAGCUCGAUUUCUAGGCUUUUCAAAUUUGCAGAUAGUUUCUGCAAUUGUCAACGGCUGUCUUGGAUUUGUGUACUUGUGCUUGGGCAUUUGGAAUUUAGAGGAGAAGUUGAGGAAAACCAAGACUGCUUUACCUCUUAAUUGGUGGUUACUGGUAUUGGUUCAGGGAUUUACAUGGUUGUUGGUCAGUUUAACUGUGAGCCUUCAGGGAAAUAAACUUCCAAGGGCACCAUUGCGGCUACUGUCCAUUCUUUCCUGUUUGUUUGCUGGAAUUGUGUGUGCUUUAUCUCUGUUCAGUGCCAUUUUAAGCAAAGAAGUAUCAAUUAAGGUAGCAUUAGACAUGCUGUCUUUUUCAGGAGCUAUAUUGUUGAUGUUCUGUACUUUUAAAGGGUAUAAAUAUCAAGCAAGUGAUGAGAGCGUCGAUGAAAGUAGCCUUUAUACACCUUUAAAUGGUGAAGCCAAUGGCGUUAGUAAAAGUGAUUCUGUUGGUCCUGUCACUCCGUUUGCCAAAGCAGGAUUCUUCAGUAGAAUUUCAUUUUGGUGGUUGAAUUCAUUGAUGAAAAGGGGAAGGGAGAAAACUCUUGAUGAUGAACAUAUACCCAAGUUGCGUGAGGAAGAUCGGGCAGAAAGUUGCUAUUUGUUGUUCUUGGAGCAACUGAACAAACAGAAACAAGCAGAGCCGUCUUCCCAACCAUCAAUCCUGAGGACAAUAAUUGUUUGCCAUUGGAAAGAGAUCCUUAUGUCUGGAUUCUUUGCUUUGCUAAAUAUACUCACUCUGUCCGCUGGCCCUCUACUUUUAAAUGCAUUCAUUUUGGUUGCUGAGGGAAAGGAAAGUUUCAAACAUGAAGGAUAUGUACUGGCCAUCACACUUCUCAUUUCAAAGAGCAUAGAAUCUGUGUCACAAAGGCAGUGGUACUUCCGAAGCAGACUUAUUGGUUUGAAAGUGAGGUCUUUGCUCACAGCUGCCCUUUACAAGAAACAACUGAGAUUAUCCAAUGCUGCAAAGUUGAUGCAUUCAGGAGGGGAGAUAAUGAACUAUGUUACUGUCGAUGCUUAUAGGAUUGGCGAGUUCCCAUUUUGGUUCCACCAAACUUGGACAACAAGUCUCCAGCUCUGUAUUGCAUUAGUAAUACUAUAUCGUGCAGUGGGGCUAGCAACAAUUGCAGCACUGGUGGUGAUAAUCCUCACGGUGCUUUGCAAUGCUCCACUUGCGAAGUUACAGCAUAAGUUUCAAAGUAAGCUUAUGGUUGCACAGGAUGAGAGACUGAGGGCUAGCUCUGAGGCUCUAGUCAACAUGAAGGUGUUGAAAUUAUAUGCAUGGGAAACCCAUUUCAAGAAUGUAAUUGAAAAUUUAAGGAAGGUGGAGUACAAAUGGUUAUCAGCGGUGCAGUUUCAAAAAUCAUAUAAUGGCUUUCUCUUUUCGACAUCCCCUGUUUUGGUCUCUGCUGCAACCUUUGGAGCAUGUUAUUUCCUCAAAGUUCCUCUACAUGCAAAUAAUGUUUUCACUUUCGUAGCAACUUUACGCCUUGUUCAGGAUCCGGUCAGAUCUAUCCCGGAUGUUAUUGGGGUGGUUAUUCAAGCAAAAGUUGCAUUUGAACGUAUCUUAAAAUUUCUUGAGGCGCCGGAGCUGCAGAGUGCCAAUGUUCGGAGGAAGACCAGUGUGGAGAGUGUAAACCAUGCGAUUUCUAUCAAGUCUGCCAAUUUCUCAUGGGAAGAGAAUUCAGCAAAGCCCACACUUCGAAACAUAAAUCUAGAGGUUAGACCUGGAGAAAAGGUGGCUAUAUGUGGAGAAGUUGGCUCAGGAAAAUCAACCCUUCUAGCAGCAAUUCUGGGUGAAGUUCCAAAUAUUCAGGGAACUAUUCAAGUUUAUGGGAAUACUGCCUAUGUUUCUCAAACAGCAUGGAUCCAGACAGGGACGAUACAGGAGAACAUUUUGUUUGGGUCUGACAUGGACAGUCAAAAGUAUAGUGAAACACUUGAGAGGUGUUCCCUGGUGAAGGACCUUGAGUUGCUUCCCUAUGGUGAUCUCACUGAGAUAGGGGAGAGAGGAGUUAAUCUUAGUGGUGGACAAAAGCAGCGAAUUCAACUUGCUCGUGCUCUUUAUCAGGAUGCUGAUAUAUAUCUCUUGGAUGAUCCAUUCAGUGCCGUUGAUGCACAUACUGCUGCGAGCUUAUUCAGUGAAUAUGUUAUGGAAGCACUUUCGGGGAAGACAGUUUUACUUGUAACACAUCAAGUUGAUUUCCUGCCCGCGUUUCAUUCUAUUUUGUUGAUGUCAGAUGGGGAAAUCAUACAAGAAGCUCCUUAUCAUCACUUACUGGCUUCAAGCAUAGAAUUUCAGGACCUUGUCAAUGCACAUAAAGAGACUGCUGGUUCUGAUAGGCUUGCGGAUGCUACUGCUGCCCAGGGACAUGGAACACCUGCUAGAGAUAUCAGGAAGACUUGUGUAGAGAAGCAUAAAAAAGGAUCUAAAGGUGACCAAUGGAUUAAGCAAGAAGAGAGAGAAAUAGGAGACACGGGGUUUAAACCUUACCUAAAAUAUCUAAAUCAGAACAAGGGAUUCGUGUACUUUUCAAUGGCCAGUCUCAGUCACCUUAUAUUCGUGGCUGGUCAAAUAUCGCAGAAUUCUUGGAUGGCUGCUAAUGUUGAAAAUCCCCAUGUUUGCACAUUGCGGUUGAUCGGGGUUUACUUACUGAUUGGAGUUUCCUCAACACUAGUUGUGCUCUGUCGAUCACUUUCUACAGUUGCUUUGGGUCUUCAAUCAUCAAAAUCUUUAUUUUCACAGCUACUGAACUCCCUUUAUCGUGCACCCAUGUCUUUUUAUGACUCCACACCUCUGGGAAGGAUACUUAGUCGGGUCUCAUCUGAUCUGAGUAUCGUCGAUCUUGAUGUCCCUUUCAGCUUUCUCUUCACUGUUGGGGCUACCAUUAAUGCUUAUGCCAAUCUUGGAGUACUGGCUGUGGUUACUUGGCAAGUCCUUUUUGUCUCCAUACCAAUGGUUUAUCUGGCAAUUCGCUUACAGGGAUAUUAUUUUUCUUCUGCAAAAGAGUUGAUGCGGAUCAAUGGCACAACCAAGUCCUUGGUAGCAAAUCAUCUAGCUGAGUCUGUAGCAGGAGCCAUAGUCAUAAGAGCCUUUGAAGAGGAAGAACGGUUUUUUGCAAAAAAUCUUGUCCUAGUUGACACAAAUGCUAGUCCUUUUUUCCAUAGUUUUGCAGCAAAUGAGUGGUUGAUCCAAAGAUUGGAAAUACUAGGUGCAACUGUUCUUGCCUCUGCAGCACUCUGCAUGGUUUUGCUUCCUCCCGGAACUUUUAGCCCUGGAUUUAUUGGAAUGACACUUUCUUAUGGUCUUUCACUAAACUUGUCCCUUGUCUUUUCUAUUCAAAACCAGUGCACUCUAGCAAAUUACAUUAUUUCUGUAGAAAGGCUAGAUCAAUAUAUGCAUAUACCUAGUGAGGCCCCUGAAGUAAUAGAAGGGAACCGGCCUCCAACCAAUUGGCCAUCUUUGGGAAAAGUGGAGAUACUUGAUUUGCAGAUCAGAUAUAGGCCCGAUGCACCUCUCGUUCUUCGUGGGAUCAAUUGCACAUUUGAAGGAGGGCAAAAGAUAGGUAUUGUUGGCAGAACUGGCAGUGGGAAGACUACGCUCAUAGGUGCUCUUUUUCGUCUAGUGGAGCCAGUAGGAGGGAAGAUUUUAGUAGAUGGCAUUGACAUAUGCAUGAUUGGACUUCAUGAUCUGCGGUCACGUUUUGGAAUAAUACCUCAAGAUCCCACUCUUUUUGCUGGUACUGUGAGAUUCAAUUUAGAUCCCUUGUCUCAACAUUCUGAUGAGGAAAUAUGGGAGGUUCUUGAGAAGUGUCAGCUUCAAGAGACUGUCAAGGAGAAAGUAAAGGGCUUAGACUCCAUAGUUGUGGAAGAUGGAUCAAAUUGGAGCCAGGGGCAACGGCAACUGUUUUGUUUGGGGCGUGCACUUUUGAGGAAAAGUCGGAUAUUGGUGCUUGAUGAAGCAACUGCAUCAAUUGAUAAUGCAACAGAUAUGAUUUUGCAGAAAACAAUUCGGACUGAAUUUGCUGAUUGUACUGUGAUUACAGUGGCCCACAGGAUACCGACAGUGAUGGAUUGUGGAAUGGUUCUUGCUAUUAGUGAUGGAAAACUAGUGGAGUAUGAUGAGCCAAUGAACUUAAUGAAGAGAGAAGGAUCACUGUUUGGGCAGCUUGUCAAGGAAUACUGGUCUCAUCUUCAGUCUGCAGAAUCACAUUGAAUCUGAAAAUAAAUUUUUUAGAGCUUUUUUUCUCAGGCUUGGUAGCAACAUCAAAUAACAAAAAAUAGUUCAAGUAGGAAGUAGGAUGUGAUAAUGAUAUUGCAGUAUCUCUGGGGGUAAAUAUUGAGGAGAAGAGGCUGCAAUGCCACAUCCUAGGUUGUGUAAUAUAUCUAGCUAUAUUCAAAUGUCACCCCUCCUUAUUCCUGGAAGGAAAUGAAUUCAUGAGAAACAUAAAAAAAAAAAAAAAAAAAAAAAAAAAAAAAAAAAAAAAAAAAAAAAAAAAAAAAAAAAAAAAGCUCCACUUCUACGAACUGCAGUCACCACCAACUUGAUGUAGAUAGGUUUAUUCACCCAUGACUCAUGCAGAAAGGUUGAAGAGCUAGCCAGCUAUGGAUUUAUAUUGAACCAUUAUGGUGGCAUUUGUCCUUUUCCUAAGUUCGUGUUGAAAUUCAAGAUAAAACAGCAAUAACUCCCUUACUGAAUUUAGCAUCAGUUUCAUUUUUACAUUGUAUGCAUUGGGGCAGCCACAUUAAUGUUGACAAAUAAACAGAUAAUGGAUUGUGAUUGUUGGA